AUGGCCUCAGUCGAACCCAUCAAAACCUUUGAGAUUAGACAGAAGGGACCAGUUGAAACCAAAGCGGAACGCAAGUCGAUUCGAGACCUCAAUGAAGAAGAGUUAGAUAAACUCAUCGAGGCUUGGAGAUGGAUUCAAGACCCCGCGAGAACAGGCGAAGACUCAUUUUUCUACCUAGCCGGGCUGCAUGGUGAGCCUUUCCGAGGCGCGGGAUACAACAAUUCCCACUGGUGGGGGGGAUACUGCCAUCAUGGAAACAUCUUGUUUCCAACCUGGCAUCGUGCGUAUCUGAUGGCUGUGGAGAAGGCUUUACGCAAGGCGUGUCCAGAUGUCUCACUCCCAUAUUGGGAUGAAAGUGACGAUGAAACGGCAAAGAAGGGGAUUCCGUUAAUUUUCACCCAGAAAGAAUACAAGGGAAAGCCUAACCCACUGUAUUCCUAUACGUUUAGCGAAAGAAUUGUCGACCGCUUGGCCAAAUUUCCCGAUGCAGACUACAGUAAGCCACAAGGCUAUAAAACCUGCCGAUACCCUUAUUCGGGCCUUUGUGGCCAGGACGACAUUGCGAUAGCUCAACAGCACAACAAUUUCCUUGAUGCCAAUUUUAACCAGGAACAGAUUACUGGUCUGCUGAAUAGCAAUGUCACGUCAUGGCUUAAUUUGGGGCAAUUCACCGAUAUUGAGGGCAAGCAAGUCAAGGCCGACACCCGCUGGAAGAUUCGUCAGUGUCUCUUGACAGAAGAGUACACUGUCUUCUCGAAUACAACUUCGGCUCAACGAUGGAAUGAUGAACAGUUCCAUCCACUGGAGUCGGGUGGUAAAGAGACAGAGGCCAAAGCAACCUCACUCGCUGUUCCCCUGGAAAGCCCCCAUAAUGACAUGCAUCUCGCUAUUGGUGGAGUCCAAAUUCCGGGCUUUAACGUUGAUCAAUAUGCUGGCGCCAACGGCGACAUGGGGGAGAACGACACCGCCUCAUUCGACCCGAUCUUUUACUUUCAUCAUUGCUUUAUUGACUAUCUAUUCUGGACCUGGCAGACAAUGCACAAGAAGACAGAUGCUAGUCAAAUAACAAUCUUGCCAGAAUAUCCUGGAACGAACAGCGUUGAUAGCCAAGGUCCUACACCCGGGAUCUCUGGCAACACCUGGCUUACCUUGGACACUCCCCUUGACCCAUUCAGAGAGAAUGGAGAUAAGGUCACUUCAAAUAAACUCCUGACCUUGAAAGAUCUUCCCUAUACAUACAAGGCGCCCACGUCCGGCACAGGUUCGGUUUUCAAUGAUGUGCCUCGGCUCAACUACCCUCUUUCUCCACCAAUACUACGGGUCUCCGGUAUCAAUCGUGCUAGUAUCGCCGGUUCCUUUGCCUUGGCUAUCUCGCAGACAGACCAUACCGGCAAAGCUCAAGUCAAAGGUAUCGAAUCUGUGCUUAGUAGAUGGCAUGUACAGGGCUGCGCGAACUGCCAGACUCACCUAAGCACAACAGCAUUUGUACCUCUUUUUGAGCUGAAUGAGGAUGAUGCAAAAAGAAAACAUGCUAAUAAUGAAUUGGCAGUGCACCUGCAUACUAGGGGUAAUCCAGGAGGUCAAAGAGUGCGCAAUGUUACCGUGGGAACUAUGAGAUAG